GCAUUGUUCUCGACUAAGAACACUAUGUCAAGUUCAUCAAAGCCGUAGGAGAAAGGGUCUUCAUACAAAGUCCAGCUAAAAAGAUUUUGUAUCCUUCGUAGAGAUUUUGUUUGUCAUGUGCCGUAAGCCAUGGAAGACUCGAUGACUACUUACAUAUCUUCAUCUACACUGGCUUGUACCAGUACCUAGACAUAUUGAUUCCAAUUUACGAGAUAAUAGUACAAUCCCGAAGUAACCUGUAGUUAUCUUAAGGAGUCUUUUGUCCGGGAAACUACAUAACAAUCACACAACAAUGAGCAUUGAUUCUGAUGUUCCUUCAGCCCCUAUCUAACAAAGGGAAACCUGCUUGCUUGAGAUUUAUUUAUAUCCCAACAAUCAGAUUGCUGCAAAACUGCCAUGCCCCUACCAUAACACAUAGCACUGAUCGUCAACGCCCUCUUGGAAGUCGAACAAGACAUAUAAAGGGCCCCAUGCCAAAAAAACCACCAGUCCUAGGAUGCCUCUUAAAGGGGUAAUGUAAUGUAAUAUCGGUCCGGUACCAACACCAUCCAUCCACUACCUAACCAACCACCAUGUGUCGCCGGAUAAACCUCGAAGUCUGCUGCGAGGACGAGCCCAGCCACGCCUUCCCGCACACUCUCGGCAUCAAGAACGUCAUCUCGCUCUGCGGCGCCGCGACGCUAGAGCAAUCGCUCGAACUCAUCCCCCGCACCACCACCACCACCGGAGCGCAGUACUUCCCGCACGCCUACGCCUACGACUGCCCGUCCUUCGACCAGACGUACGUGCGGCUCGAGCGGAUCUUCUGGACGACCUGCGACGUGUGCGUGCGCCGGCGGUACGGCGGCCUCGCCGACGUGACGGAGCAGGACCUCGAGAUCACGUGCGCGCGCAACCGGCUGCUGUACGGGCAGCUGCAGCGGGCGCUCGAGGAGCGCCCGUACGCCGACCUCGUGCGCGCGUUCCCCGCCGAGUUCGAGAUCCACCGGCGCUACGUGCUGGCGGGGUCGCGGUGGCGCGAGGCGCCGGAGCCGGCCCCGCCGCCCCACGACCCCCUGGGCCCCGACCCGCCGCUCGACGCCGAGCUCGAGGGCCUGAGGUGGUGGUACGAGAUCGGCAUGGGGGGCGCCGUCGACCAGGAGAUCUGGAGCGAGUUCUGCGUGCUGAACAACAUGCCGCAGGAGAAGAUCUACUACUGGCUUCCGAAGGUGCCGGAGGCGCCGCCGAGGAAGACGCCGGAGUACUUCCCUAAUCCGGAUUGAUGAGUCUAAUAACGUGUGGGUUGGGAUGCGUGGUAGGUAAUCGUAAUAAUUAUUUUACGCAAGAUCGUUUACGGAGUGGGUUUUUUAUGAAGACGUGCGGUGUGGGAGCGCCGCGCCUGCGACAGAUAUAGGGGGGUUAUGUUCCAAGGUUUACUAGUUAAGAG